AUGCAGUACGGAUUCACCCUGCCGGGGCGCGGCCCUCUGGCAAACCCCGACAACCUGGCCACCAUCGCGCAACGCGGUGAGGCGUUGGGCUUCGAUUCCAUCUCUCUUGGAGAUCACAUCCUCGUUCCCCACAGCAUUUCGUCCGAAUAUCCAUACACCCAAACCGGCGAGUUUCCCGGGUCAACAACGGGUCAGUCCAUGGAGCAAAUCACCGCCCUGGCCUUCAUGGCCGGCUGCACCGAAAAAAUCCGACUGGCCACCUCGGUGCUAAUCGUGCCCCAUCGCAACCCGAUUAUUGCCGCCAAAUCGCUGGCGACCCUGGAUUACCUGUCCGGCGGCCGACUCAUCAUCGGAGUGGGCGUGGGCUGGAUGCGUGAAGAGUUCGAGGCUGUUGGUUGCGAACCAUUUGAUGAACGCGGCGCCGUCACCGAUGAAUAUAUCCGCGCGUUCAAGGAGCUAUGGACGUCUGACAACCCCACGUUCGAGGGUAAGUACGUCAGUUUUUCUGAUAUCAAUUUCCUCCCCAAGCCGGUGCAAAAGCCACAUCCGCCCCUGUGGGUCGGGGGAGAAAGCCGGCCGGCCAUCCGUCGCGCCGCCACUCUGUGCGAUGGUUGGUAUCCCAUCGGCAACAACCCGUCGUUCCCGGUGGGCACGCCCGAUGCACUGCAGCAAGGUAUGGAUCGUCUCCGCCGCACCGCUGAACGCGCCGGUCGCAACCCCGAAGAAAUCCAGAUUAUUUACCGGAGCCACGACUACCGCAUCACUGGCGCCGAUACGAGCAGCGAGCGUACCCGUUUCACGGGCAGCAGCGAGCAGAUCGCCGGAGAUAUCCGCCAGUAUCAGGAUAUGGGCGUCAGCUACCUGGUGCUGGAUAUCGCCCGGCUCAGCGGAGAUGGCAAUCUGGAAGAAACCCUGGGUCAUCUGGAGGAUUUCACCACCCAGGUCGCCGCAAAAGUCUGA